AUGGAGCUGGAGAAAACCUACGCGACCCCCCGGGCCGGGCGCUCAGGACAUGGAGGCGUCAAUCAGCUGGGGGGUGUUUUUGUGAACGGCCGCCCCCUCCCAGACGUCGUUCGCCAAAGGAUUGUGGAGCUUGCCCACCAAGGGGUCCGGCCGUGUGACAUCUCCCGGCAGCUCCGCGUCAGCCACGGCUGCGUCAGCAAAAUACUUGGCAGGUAUUAUGAAACCGGCAGCAUUAAGCCUGGAGUGAUUGGAGGAUCAAAACCAAAGGUCGCCACACCAAAAGUCGUUGAAAAAAUUGCAGAGUACAAGCGCCAAAAUCCCACCAUGUUUGCCUGGGAGAUCAGGGAUAGACUCCUUGCUGAGCGAGUGUGUGACAACGAUACUGUGCCCAGCGUCAGUUCAAUUAACAGGAUCAUACGGACGAAGGUGCAGCAGCCACCCAAUCAGCAGGUCCCAGCCUCCAGUCACAGCAUAGCCUCCACGGGGUCCGUGACCCAGGUGUCCUCCGUCAGCACCGACUCUGCCGGCUCGUCCUACUCCAUCAGUGGGAUCCUGGGAAUCGCCUCCCCUGGCACUGAAAGCAACAAACGCAAGCGGGACGAAGGUAUUCAAGAAUCUCCAGUACCAAAUGGCCAUUCUCUCCCGGGCAGAGAUUUUCUUCGGAAACAGAUGCGAGGAGACCUUUUCACCCAGCAGCAGCUAGAAGUGUUGGAUCGGGUCUUCGAGAGGCAACAUUACUCAGACAUUUUCACAACAACUGAGCCCAUCAAACCAGAGCAGUGGUGCUCCAUGCUGAUGAGACAGUGCGUGGUACAACCGCAGGCAGUCAUUUUUCAGGCAACUGAAUACUCAGCCAUGGCAUCAUUAGCUGGUGGAUUAGAUGACAUGAAGGCAAAUAUAACAAGCCCUACUUCUGCAGAUUUGGGAGCAAGUGUUCCUGGGCCUCAGUCAUAUCCUAUUGUCACAGGUCGUGAGCUGGCAAGCACAACCCUCCCAGGAUACCCUCCACACGUCCCCCCCGCUGGACAGGGCAGCUACUCCGCUCCAGCACUGACAGGGAUGGUGCCUGGGAGCGAGUUUUCCGGGAGCCCAUACAGCCACCCACAAUAUUCAACGUACAAUGACUCAUGGAGAUUUCCCAACCCUGGACUUCUGGGCUCCCCUUACUACUACAGUGCUGCGGCCCGCGGGGCAGCCCCGCCGACGGCCGCCACCGCCUACGACCGCCACUGA